AUGAGUAUGUUUUACCUUGACGUCUGGAUAAGCGGCUUUGCCGCCGCCCAUGCCGUACUUUCUGGUAUUUGGAUCACCCCACUGCUCGUCCUGUGGUUUGUGAGUCUCUGCGUCGUCCGCCGAAGGGGUGACCCCGCUAGAGUGGGAGUGGCGUGGAUGAAGGUGGUGUACCCGUUCUGGAUCGUUUCGUCAUUAUGCCAAGUGGCCCAAAUCGGCUUGAGCAUUUGGGGAUUCAACGACAUUGCUGGCAGAAUAACAAAAACAGAAUACUUUGAGCUAGCGGUAUCCCUUGUUCUCUUCCUUGCCGAGGCGCUUCAGAAUAUCUCCGAUAUCCUCCUCUUUAUAGCCUUUGUCGAGAUUGGCAGCGGCUUUGUGUUGUGUUUGAACGGAGCGAAGAAGUCACCUAUUCGAAGACGCCUAAGAUUCGCUACCUUUGCAUUGGGCAUUAUCUUGCUGGCUCUUGCUCUGACGCAUUUUGGGGUCGCUGCCUUGUAUUUGACAUCAACAAUUCUUACAUUCUGUCGCCUUCUUGUCACAAUGGGCAUUAACCUCAGCGAGUAUGAAAACCAUAGCCUCAUCUGGUCUGGAAACAUUAAAGGACAUACGGGUAUCCGCACAGAUAUCUUACCCUUAGUUGAGGCCUUCUUCAACUACACUCUCAUGUUCAUCGUUCUCACGCUCUUGUUCGUCGUGGCCAUCCGAAAGCGAAGGGGUCUCUGGUCCAAUUCCCAAAUGACUUGGGAUGCAUCAAACAAGUUGUCCAACGUUGCAACUGGUUCCUCCCCUACCUCUGAGACUCCAGGGUACUCGGAUGAUGGCCUGCAGGAGCACGGGUUCUGUCUCGAAUCUCAGCAAACAGAAACAUCUUCUCAUCCGACACAUCCUCAACCAUCCAGCCAACCACUUCUGUCUUCAGCAUCACCUGCGUUGCCUCGACAACCCCCUCCUGCAGCGCACCUAGAUCCAGAACCUAUCCCAACCGCACAGCAAAGAAUCCCACGAAGACCGCUUGCCCCAUGGAUACCUCAAUCACCAACCAAACCAAGCUCGCCAUCAGCAUCCUCACCACAAAGUAUACACCCAGUCCACGGGGUGUUUCUGACACGUCAGCGGACUAUCGAGGAGUUGGACGCGCAAAAGGUGUUGGUAUUAGAGAUGUCACCAAUACACCAUCCACACAGGAUCCCUUCCAGCGACGAUGGAGAAGAAGUGGCGAAUGGAUUUCAAAUGCAGAAUCGCGCCCACUUGAGUGUAGGAGAAAGCUCGGAAAAUGCUAUGGUUGCCACUAGAUACCAGGCAGCGCAGGGGCAUGAUCCAUCUUUGGAAGAAGACACAGAGCUGGACACGGUGGUCGACGGGUUUCAAAUGGGCUCGGCACAUAGAAGGACAAAGGAAGUGGAAUCGACAACCAAAUCCCAGAAGUCCCAAGACCAUGACGAACCUCUUGCGGAGUCAGACGUGGUAGCUGAUGGGUUUCAAAUGCAAUCUAAGCUGCCGAGUUAUGACGAGGCGGCCCCGGUGAGGACUGGGUUAGGGUACUUGAGGGAGAAAGACGACCAAGAUAAGAAAGCGAGGGGGAGGGCGAGAUCAUUUUGA